AUGUACAAACACUCAGCUGCCGCUAUCCCACCUCCUGACACCCAUUACCUACCUACUACACUCAGAGCAAGAUACCUUAGUCAACGGCAAUGCCCAUUGCCACUACCAACGCGGCCAAAAGGGGCAACACAAAAACAAGCUUUCAUCAUCAUCCAUCCCACGCCCAGCUCCCCUUUCCCCCUUCCAAGACACCUUGACGCCCCCCCGGGGCCUGCACGGAUGGUGACUCCCGGCCAAUACCCGGCGUUCCCUCCGGCACGAGGUCUUGGGAUCUUGGGGUUUGUUUCCAAGAAAUUCCCCCAUCUAAUCAACACUACCCCGUACCUUAUGGAUAGGUACAACACACAUAAUGAGGCCUUCACCGCAAUACCGCCCCGGCCCCCAGGUACGGGUACCCUAAUGAUCAAUCUGGACGGAGCAAGGCAUAUCGCGCAAUCGCCAGAUAUUGCAGCCCAUGGCAGCCAUCGUGGCACACCCGCAGCCCGCAGCCCGACAGCCCCGUCCCACGUUCCUAUCCACCGCCCUUCCAUGACCUUUCCUAAAUCGUUACCGACGGCCAACGACUUGCUAUCACCCUUCCGUCAUCAUUCUCCAACUUAG